GUUACUGGCCGUAGUAUUCAUAGUUUCAUCUUUCAUUUCCUAGCAUUUGAAACGAUAGUUCACGGGCAAUAAUUAAACUCGGCUAUGUUCAUGUGACUGUUUUCAGAGACCUAAAACGAAAUUAACACGACAGACUGAAAUGGAACAAGUCUCGCCAACUUUUCAGAUGCACAGCAUGUUCUUUGUUAUGGCUCUCGAGCGCUCUAAUUGCAUGGCAGUGAAAGUGCGGACUUUCGUUGUGUUGUCAGCUCGUCACCGAUCCGUGGCUUGUUUGUAGGGAGUUGGAAUGGUUUCUGGUAAUUUUUAAUGAAGACCGACAAGGCAAUCACGCAGUGUCUGCAGUGUGAUCAUUUUGAGGACGGCUACCAGGAAAAAGACGAACUGUUCCAUGUAGCGUGAAGUAUUGCGACAUUCUGUGUUAUAAUACAGAAACUGACAGUUCUUGAACAGUCAGUUGUCGUUAAGACUUGUCAGAGUUCUCGUGAGAAGAAAGACAAAUGGCGUCGACUGAUGUGUGGAUCCAAAUUUUGUCCAUGAUUUGCAUCAUGGUUGCGCCGAAUUGGAGUCUCGAACAAGAGGAGACCGAAGAUUUCUAUGAAGAAACUGUAGUAUUGAAAACGAAAACAGGUUCACUGCGAGGUCGAAAAGAGGUUGUCGAUUUUAAAACAUCCUAUUAUUCGUUCAAAGGCAUUAAAUAUGCUAAGGCACCAAUAGGAGAAAGGCGUUUUCAGCCUCCAGAAGCAGAGGAACCUUGGUCGGGUAUUCGCAAUGCUUUAAAAGAUGGAAAUCUUUGUCCCCAAUUUAACCUACAAAGCAAUGAACCAGUCGGAGAUGAGGAUUGCCUGAUAUUGAACAUUUAUACGCCUUCUAUUCGUGGUUCACGGGCUGUGAUGGUCUUUCUGCACGGCGGGGCCUUUGUGACGGGAGGUGGCGUAUCGUACUUUUUUGGCCCAAAGCUUUUACUGGAACAGGAUAUAGUUCUGGUUACUGUACAAUAUCGCCUCGGCGCUCUAGGUUUCUUGAGUAGUGGUGACAAUCGAGCCCCAGGUAACUGGGCACUAUUGGAUCAAGUGGCGGCUUUACGCUGGAUUAAAGAUCACAUUUCGGCUUUUGGGGGAGAAACCAACUCGGUGACACUGUUUGGACAAGACAGCGGAGCAGUAUCAGCAACAUUGCUUGGUAUGUCACCUGUAGCUGAUGGGCUAUUCUCUAGAAUUAUUGCUCUAUCCGGUAACGCCCUGUGUGGUGAGUACAUCCAACAUAAACCAAGAGAAGCAACUUUGGAACUUGCACGACGGGUAGAAUGCUCUGAGAUGGGAAUGAAAGAAAUGGUUGAUUGCUUACGCAAGGUGCCUGUGGAAGAUAUUAUUCUUAAAUCCACCGAUAUGCAUAUGUUUUAUAGUUUUCCUCGGAGGUUCACGCCUGUGGUGGACGGUGUCGUUAUUCUGGUUGAUCCGGAAGAUAUGCUAACAAAAGGUUCUUUUCAUCGCGUGCCUACUUUAACCGGGCAAACAAAAGACGAAGGAGCCUUCUUUUAUCGACUGACACUGAAUACGUUAAGUAACGGCCGGUACGAUGACAGUUUUGUAGACCAGCUUCCCCGUCUGCUACCAAUGAUGUCGGGAUUCGAUCGCAAACUUCCAUCUUUGUCAAAAGCUAUACGACGUAAAUAUUUUCGCAACGUCGAUCUAGAUGAAGAGGAUCAGUUUAGACCAAAAUAUGUCGAGUUUUUAACUGAUUUGCUCUACACCCGCUGCACGGAUCGUUAUUCGCGUCUACUCGCAAACCAUAGCGUGCCGAUCUAUCGUUAUGUUUUCGAAUACCGCGGCCAAUACAGCGUUGUAAAUCUUCAGGGUGAAAUCGCGGAUUUCGGUGUUGCCCAAGGAGAUGAUCUUCAAUAUAUUUUUAGUGACCUUUGGGGCAAAGAUUUGCUGAUGUCAUCCGACGAUAUCGAAUUCAGCAAGCAUGUUUUCGUCCCUUUGUUGACCAAUUUCGCGAAAACCGGCGUCCCUACGUCGAUAAUUACGGAUCAUAUACCAACUUCAUGGACACCGUUCAAUAAGAACCGUCUGUUUUUACGCAUCGGUACAACUUUGGUUGUUGAUUCAGACUACCGAGCUGAUGCAAGUCGUUUUUGGAACGAGGAGAUUUCUGUUAUAUUACAUCCAACUGAUAAGAAAAAUGAUACCAUUGUCAGCAAUGCAAAUAUUGAAAAAGAUGAACUUUAACUACUCAGUACACUUAUAAGAAAACAACACACAGAAAACUGUUCAAAUGUUGAACAUUUUUAGAAAUUCAUUUUCAUCUAUUCUCUACCUAACGUUACUCACAUGCUUCGAGACUAUUGAAAAAUGAGGAAAUUAAUUGUACAGCAAAACACUUGUAUUCUGGUCAUAACAUUUGCUGCAUCACAUUAGAUCCAUAGGUACCGAAAUACAUUAUUCGAGUGGGACGCUAAGAUCGAAUUGAAAGAUUAAACAUAAAAAACAAUUUGUAUACUGGAAGAAAAUUGUGCAGAUCCAAUCAAGCAAGAGGGAUGAAUUUAAUUCACUUCAGUGCCGUUUGGUGUCAUGGCUGCAGCCGAUCCAUAAGAAAACAGACGAGAAAGCACAAGAGGAUAAAAAUGUCGAGACGCCA